GUUGCGUGCUUGCAAUGAGGGACGGGGAAAGGUUUGUGAUUAAAUGGAAAAGAGGAGGACAGACAUUUGAUGCACGCCACGCUCCCCUCUUUCCUUUUUCACUUUACUUGACGGAGGGGGGAAGCUUUUACUUACCUGGUACAAUAGUCGAGGCGACGCCUCCUUCCGUCUGCGGGCGUAACGCUUCGUUCUCUCUUGCGCGCGCCAAUUUCUGCAAGGUUUCACAGCAGAAAGCAGCAGCAAGAGAGGGCAAAAGGAAAGGACAGAAGGAGAAAGAGAGGAAUCGACUUGGAAUGGGAGGGAGAUGAGGAGGAUGGGUCCCUCACACUUUACUUCGGCCUACGGUCGGAGGGCGAGGCCGGAGUUCGAGGUUCAAUUGGUGGCGUCGGGAUGGAAAGGGUUUCGGGCAUCGGAAAUCGAUGAAGUGAUUCUGGCAUGCCCUCCUGCCGACGUCACGCGAGUUUGCCAGUCAGGCGUCGUAGCUGCACUGCUCGGAUACCGGCAAUGGGACGACGCAGCGCAGGCCGUCAUAGCGAUCUGGGUGGGCAGGCUUGCCGGGGGCCACUUUCUCACCCCUCAACUUCGUGCCUUUGGUUGCUCUACGGCCAACCGCGAGAAGCUUGCGUUGAGGCUGAAGUCGGUGUUCGUCUCGCACAUUGAUGGGCUUCUUGAGGGCGACGCAGUACAGAGGUGCAGGAAGAAGCUCGAGGUGGUGGAGAAGGAGGUGGCGGACGUUAAGACCGCGAUGAAGGGGAGAAACGCUUUGGCAAGGUACAGGGCACUGCAGGAGAAGGUGGAAGGCCUCAAUGUACAGAAGAAUCAGAUAGCGAAGCGGCUCGAGGAGUUCCAGAGUGCGAUGCUCGCUGUGACGUCGUUUCUGGAGCUCUCGGGUGAGGAUUCCAUUGAGAGUGAGGCCGAAUUAUUCUUGCUCGGCGAUGAUCAGGAGCCUAAUUGGGACAGGAUUCACCACGUUCUGUUGAGGGAGUGCCGGAGGCUUCAAGAAGGGCUGCCUAUCUAUUCCUGCAGGCGCCAAAUUCUCAACCACAUCCAUUAUCGACAGGUUAUGAUUUUGACCGGGGAAACUGGCUGUGGCAAGAGUACUCAGUUAAUUCAAUAUCUUGCAGAUUCAGAGUUAACAAGGGAUGGAUCAGUUAUAUGCACCCAGCCUCGCAAGAUUGCUGCUCUAUCUUUGGCACAAAGGGUGGGAGAAGAAUGCCGUGGGUGUUAUAUUGGGAAGUCUGUGAUUUGCUAUCCUUCUUACUCUUCUUUUCAACAGUUAAAUACAAAGAUAAUCUAUAUGACAGAUAAUUGUCUCCUCCAGCAUUUCAUGCUUGACACAAACUUGUCCAGGGUUUCAUUUAUUGUUAUAGAUGAAGCUCAUGAAAGAAGCUUGAAUACCGAUCUUCUUUUGGCUUUGCUGAAAAAAUUGCUGCUCCAAAGACCUGAUCUUCGGCUCAUUAUAAUGUCUGCAACAGCUGAUGCAAGGAAGCUCUCGGAGUACUUUUUCGGCUGUGACACAUUUCAUGUGACGGGAAGAACUUAUCCUGUUGAUAUUAAGUAUGUUCCAAGCUUGUUGGAACCUUCAAACGCUAAUUUUUCAAGUCUCAGUUCUCUAAGCUGCCCAUAUGUUAUUGACGUUGUUAAGACAGCCAAUAAAAUUCACAAGACAGAGAAGGAUGGGUCUAUUCUUGCCUUUUUGACUUCACAGGCAGAAGUUGAGUGGGCUUGCGAAAAUUUUCAGAACCCUUCUGCUGUUGCACUGGCAUUGCAUGGGAAACUGUCCUGUGAUGAGCAAAGUCGUGUUUUUCAGGAUUAUCCAGACAAGAGGAAAGUCAUCUUUGCAACCAAUGUGGCAGAAACUUCUCUGACCAUUCCAGGGGUGAAGUAUGUGAUUGAUUCUGGUAUGGUCAAAGAGAGCAGGUUUGAUCCGAGAACUGGCACAAAUGUACUAAAUGUAUGUAAGAUCAGCCAAAGUUCUGCCAAUCAACGAUCCGGCCGUGCUGGGCGCACAGAACCGGGUAAAUGUUACAGGCUUUAUUCAGAGCAAGAGUUCCAGUCUAUGCAAUCACACCAAGAUCCAGAGAUCAGAAGGGUUCAUCUUGGCAUUGCUGUUCUGAAGAUUGUUGCUCUUGGCAUUACUAAUGUGCUAGACUUUGAAUUUGUAGAUUCUCCCAGUCCAGAAGCAGUAGAACUGGCUAUAAGAAAUUUGGUUCAUUUGGGUGCUGUGAUCUGCAAGAAUAACACAUUGGAGUUGACAGAUUGUGGCCAUUGCCUUGUAAAACUGGGUAUUGAGCCCCGACUUGGUAAACUUAUUCUUUGUAGCUUUGACUAUGGUCUACGCCGGGAAGGUGUUAUUCUUGCUGCUGUAAUGGCAAAUGCAAGUAGCAUAUUUUGCAGAAUUGGCAGUGCCGAGGAGAAAACAAGGUCUGAUUGCCUCAAGCUUCAGUUCUGCCAUCCUAAUGGUGAUCUAUUCACUCUCCUUGCUGUUUAUAAGGAAUGGGAAGACGCACUCAAGUCUAGGAAGAAUAUAUGGUGCUGGGAGAACAGUGUCAAUGCUAAGUCCAUGCGGAGAUGCAAAGAAGCUGUAGUUGAAUUAGAAUACUGCCUCAGGCAUGAGCUUAAUAUAAUCAUUCCCUCAUAUUGGUUAUGGAAACCACAUCUGCCUAGCAAGCAUGAUAAUAUGCUAAAGAUGGUUAUACUUUCGUCUCUUUCAGAGAAUGUUGCUGUGUUUAGUGGACAUGACCGUCUUGGUUAUGAAGUAGCAAUGACAGGCCAACUAAUACAGCUCCAUCCCUCAUGUUCCCUUCUAGCAUAUGGCCAGAAGCCUAACUGGGUCGUUUAUGGUGAGCUUCUGUCUGUUUCAAGGCAAUAUUUGGUUUGUGUAACUGCCAUUGACCAAGAAUGUCUUAGUGCCAUUGAACCUCCUCCCUUGUUUGAUGCUUUGGAACUGGGUAAUCGGAUAAUGCAGAAGAAAAUUGUUUCUGGAAUUGGAAAUAAUAUUUUGAGAAGAUUGUGUGGAAAAUCAAAUUCUAAUUUGCAAUGUCUUAUUUCACAAAUUCAAAAGUCAUGUGAAGAUGACCGAAUUUCUGUUGAUGUUGAUUUUGACAGGAGAGAGGUCCAAGUAUUUGCUUCUGUGAAAUCCUUGGAUAAGGCUUUUAACAUGGUAAACUGUUCAAUUGAGUGUGAAACAAAAUGGAGUAAAAAUGAAUGCAUUGAGAAAUAUUUGUUUCAUGGAGUGCAUGGUACCUCUCCUCCUUUUGCAUUGUUUGGUUCAGGUGCUGAAGUAAAGCAUUUGGAACUGGAGAAAAGGUUUCUAACAGUCGAAGUUUCUCAUCCUAAGGUCAAGUGUCUUAAUGAUAAAGAACUGCUUAUGUUGUUUGACAAUUGUACGUCUAGUAUAGCUAAUUUUUACAAGUAUCCUCCUGCUUCACAAGAAGGUGAUAAAUAUGAAAAAUGGGGGAAAGUAACGUUUCUUUCUCCGGAAGCUGCGGAAAUGGCGGUCAUCAAAUUGAAUGAAGUAGAACUGGAUGGUUUUUCUCUAAAGGUGUUUCCUUUCAGGCCUGCCUUUGGUGUUGAUCCUAAAGUAUUUUCCUUUCCUGCAGUCAAGGCAAAGAUUACAUGGCCUCGCAGGCAAAGCAAGGGUGUUGCCAUCAUUAGAUGUGCACCUAAUGAUGUCACUGUUGUCGCAGAAGAAUGUUCGGCAAUGCUGAUUGGUGGAAGAUAUGUACAUUGUGAUGUUAGCACAAAAUUUCCAGAUUCUGCUGUCAUAAUGGGACUUAGUAAAGAUGUUCUUGAAGCUGAAAUUUGGGAGGCAUUGAGAAAUAGAACAACAAGGAAAAUACUAGAUGUUCACUUAUUGCGAGGACAAGUAGUCCAUCAGCCUUCUGGUACCGCUUGUGAGGAAGCUCUUCUUAAAGAAAUCACUGAUUUUGUACCUGGGGAUAAGUGCCAUGUCCAUAUGUUUAAUUCUGAACCAAAAGAUUAUUUGAUGAAGGCUUGGAUUACUUUUGAUGGAAAUCUUCAUCUCAGAGCAGCAAUGGCUUUGGAUCACCUUCAUGGGAAAGUACUCUCUUGUUGCCUCCCUUGGCAAAGAGUACAUUGUGAACACAUAUUCCAAAGCUUAGUCUCAUGUCCUUCCUCUGUAUAUUUUGUCAUCAAGAAGGACCUGGAGUCUUUGUUUGAGAAGAUGAAAUUUCAAAAAGAUGCCGUUGUCAGUAUGGAGAGAACUGGAAGUGGUUCCUUCAGAGUGAAAAUAGUUGCUUCUGCAUUGCGUACUGUUGCACAAUGUCGGUUGUCUUUCGAGAAGCUAAUGAAAGGAAAAACCAUCACUCAUGUGGAUCUCACGGUUAGUGUGCUCCAAGUACUAUUUACGCAAGUGGGUAUCCAACUGUUGAAGUCAUUGGAGAGAGAGACAGGGACAUAUAUCUUAUUUGACAGGCAUAACCUCAGCUUAAAAGCUUUUGGACCUCAACAGGGAAUUGCUGUAGCUGAGAAAAAAUUGGUGGAAUCUUUAUUAGCUCUUCACAGAGAAAAGGAAUGUGAAAUCCACCUCCGUGGUGCUGAGAUGCCACAUAAUCUGAUGAAAGAGAUAGUCCGCCUUUUUGGACCUGAUUUGCAUGGUCUCAAGCAGAAGGUGGCUGGGGUAGACUUCAAGCUCAAUGUUCGUCGGCACAUACUCUCAUUUUCUGGGAGCAAGGAACAAAAACAUCAAAUCGAAAAUAUAAUUGCUGGUAUUGUACAGGAUAUGAGUGGUCGGCAAGUCAGAAUGCACAAUGACGAAGCCACAUGCCCAAUUUGUUUGAGUGAAGUUGAAGAUGGUUUCAAGCUUGAGGCAUGUGGGCAUGAGUUCUGUAGGCUUUGUUUGAUAGACCAAAUCGAAGCUGCAAUACACAGUCGGGAUGGGUUUCCACUAUGCUGCAUUGACGAGGGAUGUAAAAUGCCAUUUUUUUUGGUAGAUUUGAGGUCCCUUCUUUCUAGUGAGCAGUUAGACGAGCUAUUCAGAGCAUCUGUAGGGGCUUUUGUGGCUUCUAGUGGGGGUAAAUACAGGUUUUGUCCAACCCCUGAUUGCCCGUCCGUGUACAAAGUUGCUGACCCUGAGUCGCCUGUUGGGUUGUUCAUUUGUGGAGCAUGUUCAGCAGAGAUAUGCACCAAGUGCCACAUAGAAUCUCAUCCUUUCAUGACGUGUGAGCAAUACAAGGAGUUCAAGGAGGACCCAGAUAGAUCACUGAAAGAGUGGAAGAGAGGAAAAGAACAUGUAAAGAACUGCCUAGCCUGUGGAUACACAAUAGAGAAGGUGGACGGAUGUAAUCAUGUGGAGUGUAAAUGUGGGAAUCACAUCUGUUGGGUUUGUUUGGCAGGAUUCCCUGCCAGUGAUGAUUGCUACGCACACAUGAGAUCUGUGCAUCCUGCAGGAUGAUGUUUAUACUUUAUAUAUGUAUAUAAUACGUAUAAGUCCAUGUCAAGAUCAAGUUUAAUAUAUAUAUAUAUAUAUACACGAUAUAUGCUUCUUUCUUCUUC